AUGGCCGAAACAGAUACCACCGUCUCUACCCUCCGCAAGGUUCUUGUCGCGGAAUCUGAGCCACUUGCGCGCCGAUUCCGUGCCCUUUUCUCCCUCAAGCACCUAGCGUGCCUGCAGCCUCCCACCGAGCAGACCCUCCCCGCCAUCGAAGCAAUUGCCGCUGGCUUCUCCUCACCCUCCGCUUUGCUCAAGCAUGAGCUUGCUUAUUGCCUGGGUCAGACCAAGAACACUGGCUCUGUCACCUACCUGCAGCAUGUGGUGAAGGAUACCGAGGAGGAUGCGAUGUGCCGCCACGAGGCCGCAGAGGCGCUGGGCGCUCUCGGCUACGAGGACAGCUUGGACAUUCUCAAGAAGCUUAGAGAUGACGAGACAGAAUUGGACAUCAUCCGUGAGACUUGCGAUAUUGCUGUCGACCGCAUUAUGUGGGAGAACUCGGAGGAGCGCAAGGCCGAAAAGUUGAAGCCUAGUGAUUUCACAUCCAUUGACCCUGCUCCCCCCAUGCCCCUGGAGGCCAGCGAACCCAACAUUCCCGAGCUGGAAAAGACACUGCUUGACACCAAGCUUCCUCUGUUCCAAAGAUACCGUGCGAUGUUCGGUCUGCGUGAUCUCGCCUCGCCCCCAGACCUCCCCACCGCAGUUGACGCAGUCAAUGCGCUCGCCAAGGGCCUCAAGGACCCCUCUGCCCUCUUCCGUCACGAAGUUGCUUUUGUCUUCGGACAACUCUGCCACCCCGCCUCCAUUCCCAGUCUCACAGCAUCGCUGAGUGACUUGUCAGAGGCUGGUAUGGUGCGACACGAAGCAGCGGAGGCUCUGGGCAGCCUAGGUGAGGAAGAGGGUGUAGAGGAGACAUUGAAGAAGUUCUUGAAUGACCCCGACCAGGUUGUCAGAGAUAGUGUCAUUGUGGCCCUUGAUAUGGCAGAGUUUGAGAAGAAUGGUGAGAUCGAAUAUGCGCUGUUGCCAGGAAAUGCCGAGCCCGUUUCGGCUGCAUGA